UCUCUCUCUCUCUCUCCCUCCCUCUCUUCCUACCUCUCUCUCUCUCAGAGCAGAGCUCGCGAGCUCGCGCUGCCGGAUACCUGCGGACCGACUCUCGGAGCGCCUCCACUGCGCGCGCGGUUAAACACGGGGGGGGGGUCGCACGCAGCGCAUCAUGGGUCCUCCACCGUGAAGAAGCUCGUGCAGAUGUCCAGCUCGCCCUGAAAGCGCUCUGAAGGCACGCUGGGAUUUUCCCCUCAGCGCCGGGCUCGCAUGGACCGCUGUGGCCGGGCUGAGCGCGCUGUGACCGGGGGGCUCCGGGCUGAACUCGCGGGGAUGCUCCUCCUCAGCAUCAGCACCACCAGAUCUCACAGCAUCACCUGCAUCACCCGCAUCACCUCCACCAUCACCAUCAUCAACAUCAUCUGAGCCAGCGGGAGCUGACGGUCGGGCUGGAGGAGGUGAAGAUGACAGCUCUUAUUCCUGUGCUUCUUCUGCUCACCGCUCUCUCUGUGUCGUUCACUCUGAAGGUGGUGUCUAAGAGGGGUUCAGUGGACGGCUGUACGGAUUGGUCGGUGGACUACCUGAAGUACCGUGUGCUGCACGGCGAGCCGGUCCGGAUUAAGUGCGCUCUGUUUUACGGCUACAUCCGGGCCAAUUACUCUCAGGCUCAGAGCGGCGGGCUGAGUCUGAUGUGGUACAGGAGCUCAGGGCUGGGUCACGGAGACUUCGAGGAGCCAAUCACGUUCGACGGCCUGCGCAUGAGUAAAGAGGAGGACGCCAUCUGGUUCAGACCUGCGGAGCUACAGGACGCUGGCCUAUACUCCUGUGUACUCAGGAACUCCACGUUCUGUAUGAAAGUCUCCAUGACUCUGCUGGUGGCUGAUAAUGACACGGCGGCCUGUUAUAACUCCAAACUGCGCUACUCAGAGAAGGCCGAACUGGGCAAGAGCAAAGACAUCACCUGCCCCGAUAUCCAGGACUACACGCAGUCCGGCCAAACCCCACAGAUAACGUGGUACAAGGAGUGCAGUGUGUGGCAGUGGAGAGAGACUAUACUGCAGUCUGCAGACACUUUGUCAAUCCAGGAAGUGACAGAGGAUGACAUUGGGAACUAUACGUGUGAGAUUCCUUUUGGAGGCUUCCUGGUGCGCAGGACUACUUCCUUGAGUGUGACAGCUCCUUUGACUGAAGAUCCUCCAAAGAUCCUGUUCCCUUCCGAAACCAAACUCCUAAACUUGGACUUGCAGAUCGGAUCUGCGGUGAACCUGACAUGCCGUGCGUUCUUUGGGUACAGUGGGGACGUCAGCCCCCUGGUUUACUGGAUGAAAGGGGAAAAGUUCAUCGAGGACAUGGACCAGAGCCGCAUCCGAGAGAGCGACAUCAGGACCAUCCGGGAGCACCUGGGAGAGCAGGAAAUGUCCAUCACGCUGACGAUAGAUUCAUUAGAGGAGGGUGAUCUGGGCAAUUACUCUUGUUACGCUGAGAACGGGAACGGACGCAGGCAGGCCAGCAUCCAGAUCAGCAAACGAGUUGAGCUGAUGUACACAGUGGAGCUGGCUGGAGGACUGGGGGCUAUUUUGCUGCUGCUGGUUCUGCUGCUCUGUAUGUAUAAAUGCUACAGGAUUGAGCUGCUGCUCUGCUACAGGCAUCAUUUUGGAGGAGAAGAUACUGAUGGAGAUCAUAAGGAGUACGAUGCGUAUUUAUCCUACAGUAAAGUGGAGCUGGAUCAGUGGGGGCAGGAACUGCAGGAGGAGGAACGAUUCGCUCUGGAGAUCCUUCCUGAUGUUCUGGAGAAACACUACGGCUACAAACUCUUCAUUCCAGACAGAGACCUCAUUCCUACCAGCAGUCUCAGCAGUGACCAUUACCAGGAUGACACACAACUUCUUAGAGCGUACAUAGAGGAUGUGGCUCGCUGUGUGGAGAUGAGCAAGAGACUGAUCAUCGUGUUGACGCCAGGCUACGUGUUGCGGCGUGGGUGGAGCAUCUUCGAGAUGGAGUCGCGUCUCCGUGGUGCUCUGGCCUCCGGCGAGGUGAAGGUCAUCCUGAUCGAAUGCGCUGAGCUGAGAGGCCUGAUCAACUAUCAGGAGGUGGAGGAGCUGAAGCAGUCCAUCAAGGCUCUGACGGUGGUGCGCUGGGGGGGUACGCCCAGCAACAAGCCCGGCUCACGCUUCUGGAAGCGGCUGCGCUACGCCAUGCCCUGCCGCCGGCCGCCGCUGCGCCGCACACUCGCCAACCCCGCGGCGGACGGAGGAGAACCGGGGCCCUUCGCCGACCUGCAGGCCGUAUCCGCCGUCUCGGUGGCGACGGCCGCCGUGGCUCCUGCACGCCCCGAGCUGCGGACGGCGCUGCGCAGCUCCUACCGCUCGCAUUCCCUCGCACGACAGAAGCACGCGCAUUUCCGCAGCUACGACUACGAGCUACCGCUGGCAGCCGGAGCCACGCUGCCCAAUCCAUCCCAGCAGCACACCUACUGCAACCUGCCGCUCACGCUGCUCAACGGCCAGCGGCCCACGCCCACCGGCCACAAGGGCCUGCGCCAGCACAGCCUGGACGAGCCCCAUGCAAACAACAACGCCAUGCUUCCGCUCCUGCCGCGGGAAACCAGCAUCUCCAGCGUCAUCUGGUGACCAAAGUGCAUCCGGGUCACGUGGCUGUAGAGGCUGAGCCAAACCUCAAGACCUCACCUCAUUCUCUGAGGUGAUUAUUAGAAGCUGAGCUGGGCUUAACACUAGGCUGGGCUGGGCUGGGUUGGGCUGUUGGGGCGUACAUGAGGGGAUUACUCAACACCUGGCAACCCUAAAUCAGUCCUGAUUCAGUCUGGAUUCUGCUGAUCUCUUGCUGAAUCCACUUUUUUUGAAGUCCAAUGAACUUCAGCAGCGAGGAUUUAAUCAUAAGGGAUUUAAUCAUAUAGUGCCAUAUCAACUUUCGAGGACUCUCGAGGACUCUAGAGACGAACUGAGAUGCACGCAACUACAAAAAAAAAACUACAAAAAAACUACGUGAACUACAUGAAUGGAAACAGGGUCUUGUGCAGACGUCUGCAGUUUUUUCUCGUAGCAUUCGCCGCCUCCUCGUCUCUCUAUGUUGCGUUUCAUCACGCUGCCUUUUGUUUCCGUUUUUUGCUUUGCUCGUUUAAAAGAUUCAUCGCCUAUUGUGUAAUUAAUUAUCUGAUUUUUUGGUUUAUUUUCUACUGUUCUGCUCAGCUUGCCGUUGAUUUGACUUACAGUACUUUUGUUCGAUCAGUCUGGAGUGUUUUUAAUCCAGACUCUGCUAAAAUCAGAUGUUGCCCUUUUGAUUUCACUGAAAGUCGCUCUUUACCUGUUGAUCUAAGCGUCCGUUUCUGUUCUGUUGGCUUCUGUAUGGCCUGUACCAUAAAGUUUCAACUGGACAAUUUGUAAGAAGAAACAAACAAAAAAAAAACAGAAUAUGCAAACAAUACGGAGGGAUGGGUGUGCCACCGGAGGGCGCUGAGGAGUGGUGCUAUCCUGUUGUCCUGUUGUAGCAGGCUAACUAAACUCCUGCACGGCAUUUUAUAAAGAGAGAGAGAUAAACUGGUGGAGUGGAGCCCAUCCUCAAAUAAUAAAGGGUAUUUUAAGAAACACAAACAAAAAAAAAUCUAUUUUUAUAUGCGAAGAGCUGUUUCUCUCUGAUAUCACAGAAUCACCUGGACAGCUGGAUAAAAGAAUUGUCCAUUUUUGGGUAUUUUCUACAUUUUUAUGCUACAUUGUUUUUGUUUGUACGACCUACAAUAAAAAAAAUAACUUGAUGUCCUCAAAUUAAUUUAGGAAACAGUAGUCAACUACUUUUCUCAUGGUUGGGAUAAACCUACUGAAGUAAUAUUCUUUUCUCUUUUUUUGUAACUCUUGAAAUCAAGUUUUAAAGGACAUAAAAUAACGUGUGGAAGUUUAAGUAUGCAUAGAGGAUUGAUAUGUAUUCUGAUUUGGAUAUUUAUAUUACUAUGUAUUAUAAAAUCACAACAGCCACUCUGAGAAUUAAGUGUUUAUAUUUCUAAAGGCACAAUCAUAUGCGUUUCCUUUUUUGUUUGUCACUGUGUAUUAAAAUCACCAACCUCUG